UACAAGAUAUGGGAGUUUCGUCAGCCAGUACUAGUGAUAAUGAAGAUGGACUUCAUGAUGUACUAAGCGUGGAGACCAUCAGGGCGACAUACAUGCGAGAAACAGCCAAAUUUAUGACAAUCUCGGUAAAAGAAAUAGUAUCGUCAGCCAGUACUAAUGAUAAUGAUGAAGAUGGAUUUCAUAAGUUUACGACAGUAUCACUACGUGAAGACAGUACAUCACAGAUGAGUAAAUCUGAAAUAGUACCCAAAUACGGCGCAAAUCAACUAGAUCUGAUGAUGAUGGCAAUUAUCUUUGUCCUAUGGAACGCAAAAAUUAUAAGUCGCACCGAAAAGAAGACAAUCACGAAAUAUCACCUCCCUGCGGAAGGACAGAACAAGAACACAGGGAGAUUCUAUGAACGAAGCGAAAAUGAAACCAACUCAAAAGAUAUUCUCUUGGAGGAUACAUCCGAUAUAAAGCUUAAUGCUGCGAUCCGUACCACAGGAGUUUCAUCUUUGUAA